AUGUUGAAGAAUAAUUUAUAUAGUAAUAAUAAAACUAGUGUAGAUAAAAAAAAAAGCAACAAUUUAAGCGCUAAAAAAGGUUUUAAAAAUUUUGCUUCUUUAAAUUAUUUUAGUUCCAACAAAUUUAUCUCUAACAUUUCUAAUGAAGUUCAAAAUAAGAACAAUAUUAUAUCCUACUUUGACCAUGAUACAUUGAAUGUGACAUUCUUUGCUAGAUUAUAUAAAUAUGUUCCAAAAAUAUGUGGUUCUGUUGAUUUGUUUUUCAAAAAAAAUAGUGAUGAAAAAGAUUUUGCAGAUUUUUUACGAACAGAUAUAAUUAGGUCUUUGAGAAUUUACUGUAUUUGUUCUGUAAUAAUAUCAGUUGUAAAUACUUUAAUAAAUAUAAUAUUUUUUUCAGAAUUUUUUUAUUUUAAAGAUAAUAAUAAAAUGCUAUUUUUAUCAUUUGGAAGAUUUAUGUUUUUACCUAUCUGCAUUUUCUUCUUGUAUAUAUGCACUUAUAUUAAAAAGUUUUUAGAUUAUUUAGAAAUUAUUAUAUCAUAUGUUUUCUCUUUUAUGAAUGUGAGUUUAUUUAUUACAAGUUCUUGUGUUCACUCCAUAGAUACACAUAUUCUAAAUAAUAUGUGUGAAAUUUCAUAUAUAUUGGAAUCUUCACAUAUUCUACAAUUAUUUAUAUUAUAUUUUGCUCUAGUACUAUUUAUUCCUAUCCGCUCAAUUUAUUUAUGGCCAAUAUGCGCAACAGCACCAUUAGCAUUUAACAUAUCUAUGUUGUUUAGAGAUAUGAAGGGAAAAUUUAUUUAUAGUUCUUUCACUCAGAUAUAUUUUUCAACUACUUUAUCAAUAAUUGCUCUAUUAGGAAAUCGCAUGUUAGAAAGAAAAAUACGUUUGCAAUAUAUAAAUAUAAAAAAUAUAAAAGAGAAGGAUGAACUAUAUAGAAAAGCAGCAACUGAAAAUAAUUGUUCUAAUGCUUAUGAUGAAGUAAAUUUUUUUUUAAAUUCAACAAUAAUUAGAAUUAAUAAUGUAAUUAAUUUCUUAAUGUUAAAAUCUCAAGACUUAUAUGAGAUUUUACUACAAGCAAGAACAGAUAUAGAAAAAUGUAUUCUUAAACUAAGUAGAAUGGAUAAUUUAUUAACUGUAGAUAAAAACGCCUUAAUAUCAAACAAAAAAGAAGAAGAUAAAAAUGUAGUGGAACACCUCUUUAAUAUAAUAUAUACAAAAAGAAAUAAUAAAAAAACAUCAAUAAGUACUAACGAUUUUUACAAGAAAAUACCUUUAAGCAUUGAAGAAAUAAGAUUAAAAUAUGAUAAUGGAGACAAAAUCAAAGUUGAACGAUAUGCAGAUAUAGAGAAAUUUCAAGAUAUUAUACAAAAUUUAAAAGAUAGUAAUAAAAUCAAUUCAAUAAAUGAUCUUUUUAAAGUUGACUUACAUGAUAAAACUAAAAAGAAUACUAGAAAAUUGAAUAAAAAAAAUUAUAAUAGCUAUAUAAAGAAAAUAAAAAGAAUUAACUUUUCAUUAAAUAAUGCGUUCAUUGGUAUAGGAAAAGACUGGAAUUUUAAUAUAUUCAAUCUUCAAAAUUCUUUAAAAAGCAACACACUUAUAGGGGUUGGAUUAUAUUUUCUUAAUAAUUAUUUAGAAAUAUUGAAAUGUCCUAAUUAUUUUGCCUAUAAUUUUUUAUAUGAUAUCAAAUCGUCCUAUUUUUCGACAAAUAAAUAUCAUAAUUCUUUACACGGUUCUGAUGUUUGCCAGAAUAUGAUAUGUAUACUAAAUAACAUGAAUAUAUUUAAGUUUUUAGAUUUAUAUAAACAAAUAAGUGUUGUGAUUGCUACUUUAUGUCAUGAUGUUGGUCACCCUGGAUUAACAAACUCUUUUCUAAUAAAAAUGAAUCAUAAUUUAUCCAUUCAUUAUAAUGAUGUAUCAAUAUUAGAAAGUUAUCAUUCUUCUUUAACUUUUUUUUAUCUAAAAAAGUCAUGUAACAAUUUUUUAUUUAACUUAUCAAAUGAUGAAUUUGGGAUAAUUAGGCAAACAAUAAUUGAUUUAAUAUUAGCCACAGAUUUAGCCAACCACUUUGAAUUUUUAUCAAUUAUAAAAAUAAGAAGCAAAUUAGAAGAUUUUUCUAUUUUGGGAAAUGAAAGUGAUAAUAUCAAUUUCCUUAAAUUAUGUAUUAAGGCUUCUGAUAUAGCUCACACAUGUAAACCUUUUAAUAUUCAUUUACUUUUUGUUCUUAAUCUAAUGUUAGAGUCAUAUGAACAAGGAGAAAAAGAAAAACUGUUUAAUAUACCUUUAAUGCCAUUUUAUGAUUUCAACCAAAUAGACAAAUUUCCUGAUUCUCAAGUUGGGUUUAUUAAAUUUAUUUGUCAAGACACAUUUCUAGAGUUGUUACAUAUUGAAAAUAUAACUAAAACAGAAAAUAAAAAAAAAGAAUUAAGUGAAAAUAAUGAUGUGAAAAAUUAUUUUAAGCAUAUCAGCAAAGAUGAUAAAAAUACAAUAAAAAAUGCGAGUACAAUUACUGAAGUGAUUGUUCAUAGUUCUAAUAGUAAAAUACUUAAUGAAAACAAAAAUUACUCUCAAAACACAUACAACAAUAUUAAAAAUGACUCAUUUAUCCAAAAAUACUGCUUAGACAAUUUAAAAUACAAUUCUAAUAAAUGGGAGAAUGACAAAAAUUUAAUCAAUACAAUUAAAUUUUAUGCAACCGGAGAAAUUACAGAUGAGGAUAUAUUAAAGAUAACAUAA